AUGCCUCUUCGGUUCCCUCCUAUCUCCGUCGAUUCCUCGAUGAUGAGAGAAACACUUUCUGUUUCGAGGGUUAUUGAGCUUCGGGAUGUUGCCGAGGAAAGGAGGGGGUUGCGCAGGAAGUUGUUGGUCUUCGAGGGUGCGGAGAAACCGAGUCGGAUUCGGAGGAGUAAUUGGGAGGCUUACUGGCUUAGUGAUGAACAGGUUCAGUAUGCUUGUGUAGAUGCUUUUGUUAAUUUCUUACUGGGGAAGGAAUUACAGGCUUGGGAUUGGGAUAGGGAUGAUGAUUAG